CGCCCGCGAUGACUGCCACUCUCCGCCCCUACCUGAGUGCCGUGCGGGCCACACUGCAGGCUGCCCUCUGCUUGGAGAAUUUCUCCUCCCAGGUCGUGGAACGACAUAACAAGCCGGAAGUAGAAGUCAGGAGUAGCAAAGAGCUCCUGCUACAACCCGUGACCAUCAGCAGGAAUGAAACGGAAAAGGUUCUGAUUGAAGGUUCCAUAAACUCUGUCAGGGUCAGCAUUGCUGUGAAACAGGCUGAUGAAAUCGAGAAGAUUCUAUGUCACAAGAUCAUGCGCUUCAUGAUGAUGCGAGCAGAGAACUUCUUUAUCCUCAGAAGGAAACCAGUGGAGGGGUAUGACAUCAGCUUUCUGAUCACCAACUUCCACACAGAGCAGAUGUAUAAGCACAAGUUGGCGGACUUUGUGAUCCACUUCAUGGAGGAAAUUGACAAAGAAAUUAGUGAGAUGAAGCUGUCUGUCAAUGUCCGUGCACGCAUUGUGGCUGAGGAGUUCCUCAAGAAUUUUUAAACCACCUGGCUGGAUCUCGUGGCCUUCCCCCUCAGGAUCCCCCGUGUCUCUGUGAAGUCGUCCUGGAGUUAACUUCCCAGAGCAGCAGCGGCGACGACGGCAGUGGUGGCAGCAGUGGA